GGUCAUUUCUCAUCAACCCUUAUCAAAAUUAUUAUCUUGUUAAGAAGCUCUCAAUCAAAGUCCUCUUUUCUCUUCAUUCUACUUUUUACGUCACCGCCUCUCAUUUCCAUAACUUUUUUUUUGCAGAUUCAGAGUAUUUUAUAAGGAUUGUUUGGAAUCAAGAAUUUGGUGUUUUUGUUUUGGAAUCAGGAUUGUUUGAAUCAAGGAUUGGUGUUCUGGUUUUGGAAUCAGAUUGUAGGCUUUGUGUGGAAUCAAGAAUUGGUGUUCUGGUUUUGGAAUCAGAUUGUAGGCUUUGUUUGGAAUCAAGAAAUAGUGUUUUGAUCUUGGAAAGGUUGAAUCUUUAGUGGGUAUUUGAUGAAUUAUUUGAUGAAGUUGUGAGUUUUCUGAUAUGGGUGUGUGUGCAAAGCAUUGGGAAGUGGUUUAUAUGGUUCUUUGGUUAUCUGUUUUGGCUGGAAUUUGAAGGAUUGUGAAUCUUGGGUUGUUUGAUUCAAGGUGUUUGAAUCUUGGGUUGUCUAAUUCUUUGUGGAUAUGUGGAUGAGGUGGUCAUGGUUAUGUUACUAAGUGUUAGUUGUGGUGGAAAUUUUGUUCCAAAUAGGCUGAUCCAGGAUUUAGAGUCGGUUAGUUGGGAGUGGAUUCCUUAUAUGUUUAUGCAUUUUCAAGAUCCCUUUUCACAUGUAUACUUGGUUAGAACUGAAAGCAGUAGGUUCCAUUGAACUCUGUGCUAAGGGCUAGAGGCACCUCUACGACCACCCCGAAUAAUAGGAAAUGCUUGCAAAGGGGAAAAUGGGUGAAGAUCUUCUAACAACCUUAACCAUUGAAAGCAAUCAUUUGUCCACCCUCUUGUCCAUGGAUUCUGGCUCAUCUUCUCAUGAUGAAAUGGAGAGGGAGUUGAUCCGGACUGUUAACCAUUUACAGCCGCCUGAUAUUAAUCUCCCACUCGAGCCCAGCCCCCCUCCUCAGUUGUGGAAUGAUACAUGUGAUAUGCUAGAUGUAGGCCUUGGUUCCCAACAUUAUGAGGUUGAGACAAAUAUUAGUGUCACAAAGAUUGGGAAGAAGUGUGCCAAGCGGCUUGAUAGUAUUUGGGGCGCUUGGUUUUUCUUCACUUUUUACUUUAAGCCAGCUCUGAAUGAGAAGUCGAAGGGUAAAAUUAUUCGUGAGAGUAAUGGUGUUUCUCGGUAUGAUAAAUCGGAUUUGAAGCAGGAUGUUUUCCUUGUUCAGCAUGAUAUGGAGAAUAUGUACAUGUGGGUUUUCAAGGACAGGCCUGAAAAUGCUCUUGGCAAGAUGCAAUUGAGGAGUUACAUGAACGGGCAUUCACGCCAGGGAGAGAGCCCCUUUCCUUUCACUGCAGAGAAAGGUUUUGUGCGUUCUCACAAAAUGCAGAGGAAACAUUACAGAGGUCUUUCGAACCCUCAGUGCCUUCAUGGAAUUGAAGUUGUUAGGUCACCUAAUCUUACAGGUCUUGAUAAGGAGGAGCAAAAGAAGUGGAUGGAGCUUACAGGACGAGACAUGAAUUUUUCAAUUCCUUCUGAAGCCAGUGACUUUGAGUCAUGGAGGUGCCUUCCGCAUACAGAAUUUGAGCUUGAACGGCUUCCUGCAUUGAAGAGCAACGCACUUCCUCGUACAGAGAGAUUGUUGAAUGGAUCAAGUCUGAAUCUAUCUACUCGAUCUGCAAACCAUGUAAAUGGAGAAGGACUAAACAUUUUGUCUGUCUGCAACAAGAGGAAGAAAAAUGGAUUUACUCGAGGAAACAAUGACGAUUGCUGUUUGCCUAAUAGUCAACAUCCUGAGAGGCUUACAGAUAUUCAUCCAAUUAGCCCACCCUGGCUAAGAGAUUUUUCUGGUGCUAUGCAAGUAGCAUCUGGUCCCGUUACAGCUGCAAAAACUAUUUAUGAAGACGACGCAGGGUUCUUAAUACUUGUUAGCAUGCCUUUUGUGGAUCUAAAAAGUGUCAAAGUCACUUGGAGAAAUACCAUCUCUCAUGGGAUUGUGAAGAUAUCUUGUGUCAGCACUGGAUGUAUCCCUAUCAUCAAAAGACAAAACAGGACUUUCAAGCUAUCAGAUCCAGCUCCGGAGCACUGCCCUUCAGGGGAAUUUGUCAGGGAAAUCCCUCUUAGGACUCGCAUUCCAGAAGACGCAAAACUAGAAGCAUAUGGAGAUGAAACUGGAACUAUGCUUGAAAUUCAUGUGCCUAAGCAGCGUGUAGGACCAGAAGAGCACGAGGUUCUAGUGUGCCUUCGCCCCUCGCCUUGGACCACACAUGCAUAUGUUGAUUUGACAGAAGCUAUGGCUUGAAAAUCAGUGGAUGCUCGCUCUCAUAGGUAGUAGUUACUAUUAUUUACUGACCUCAAUGGAAAUGAUAUUUAUAUUUUCUUCUAAUUCAAUCAGGAAAGAUUCGUUUUCUUUCCCCACUCAUCAACCAAUGUGGAACACAAGAUGCUAUUUUUGCAUGCCUUCAAUGUCCACAACAUUUUGUUCCUGCUACUAUUGAUCCCUUAUUAGCUUCGUUAACAACUUCAUACUGUUAUUCUUAUUGUUGAAUGGUAUUUGUGCUUAAAUCUGUCUCGAUUCUUCA